AUGUCAGCCAACAGCUCUGGUGGGAUGCAGAAUGCUCCGCUGGACACCACCAGCACCGACGAGCUCAUUUCUGACUGGUACAUCUACGAAACCGUGGAGCCGGCCAUGGCCCAGGAUGAAAUGUUUCCCGGCACAAUACCAGACUGCGACCCCACCAUUUCUCCCAGACUGUAUCACAUCUGCAUGGCACCUGUCUCUCUGGCUGUGCUUGUGGGCUUGUCCUUGCUGGUGAAACGCAGACGUCUCCACCGAAGCUGCUGGAAUGGUGUCCCGGGACUGCUCAGCCCAGCCAACUUUCUGGAGGAGGAAGGCAACCGAGGGCUGGUGGCUGCAGUGUUUGGCAUCCUGUUCUCCUCCCUGUGCGUGCUGGUCUUGGACAGGGACCCACUGCCGCUCCUUGGCCCCUCCUCUCAGAGCAUGCGGGAGUACUGGAAGAUCCUGGCUUUGCUCUACUACCCUGCCUUCUACUACCCCUUGAUUGCCUGUGCCACCAUCCGGCACAGGGUCAGCUACCUCCUGGGCUGCCUGCUCUCCUGGUGCCACUGCGUGGUCCACAUCUGGCAGAAGGUGGAUUGUCCCCAGUCACCCAAGAUAUACAGGUACUACUCCACACUCUCUUACAUCCCCAUCAUCCUCUGCCUCCUGCUUUUAAGCCUUUGGUAUCCCGCCCUGCUCAUCAGGAGCUUCACUGAGCAGGAGGAGACUUUGGACAAAGAGGUUACAGGGCAAGGGUAUUACAAGAAGUACCUAAAGGCUGUCCUGUCAAAACGCCCUGGAAAGGGGAGCUCGACAAAGAUAGAAGAGAGCCUUCUAUCAAAGGUCCAGACAUAUUUACGCUCCUACAUCUACACUCCUGAGGAAGGUUUCCGGAUCCCGCUGAAGCUCGUCCUGUCCAUAACCACGGCCAUGAUCGCUGUCUACCAGGUCGCCCUACUGCUCCUGGUAGCUGUCAUCCCCACCAUCCAGAUCGUGAGGGCAGGAAUGACGAAGGACAUUGUGGUGCUGUUGGUCCAGUUUGGCUUGGUGCCCUCAGAGAGCCCAGCGGUCCCCAGUGACAUGGAGAAGGAGCUCAACACUGUCAAGUACUACCUGUGGUCACUGGAAGUCUGCUACAUCUGCUCGCUGGUGCUGUGCUGCCUACUGACCUGCGCCAUGCUCCUGAGGACGCUGGAGAUGCAUAGGAACAAUCUGAAAGCGCUCUACCAAGGGGCCGUGCUGGAUGUUUUCUACAAAGCCCACAUCCUCCGCCCGUCCCGACGAGCCAUCGUCUCCUGGAUGAGCUUUGCUGCCUUUCAGACGGCUUUUGCCUGCCUGGGCCUCCUCAUCCAGCAAAUCAUUUUCUUCAUCUGCUCGGUCGGGUUUACCUUCCUUGUGGUCAUCCCACUCCAGUCUGGCACAAACACACACCUCUUCAAGAUAAUUCAGAACAUGUGGCCCUUCUGGCUGACCCUGGUUGUUGCUGUCAUUGUGCAAAAUUUGGCAGCUCACUACCAGUUCCUGGAGCAGCAUCCCCUCCGGAAGGAGCUCACCAACAGGCGAGCUCUCUACAUCAUGACCUACCUGCUCUUCCCCAUCAACGUCCUGGUGGGUGUCCUGGCCGGGGUGUGGAGGAUGGUCAUUUCAGGCCUUUAUAACGCCAUCCACUUCUGCCAGCUGGACAUCAGCCUGCUGAACCGUGGUGUGGAGACCUUUGAUCCAGGCUACCACACUUACUGCCACUAUCUGAAAAUCGAGGUCAGCCAGUCCCAUCCAGUGAUGAAAGCUUUUUGCUUGCUGCUGCUUCAGCUAGCCAGGCCAGAGGGGCCACCGGGGCUCCGGGCCAGCAACCUGGAAGAAGGCAUACAGCUGAUGCAGCCUAAGCAGGUGCCUGGGAGCAGAGCCAGGUUCAAGCAGAGCCGAGCCCGCUGGUGGUUGGCCUACACCCUCCUCCACAACCCCUCGCUGACCGCUGCCCGGAAAACCGCCCUCUCUGACCCUACUGCCAAUGGCACCCAGCUCAGUCCCCCCAAGCCCUGA